AAAGUAUUCAUUGCAUUGUCAUAAAAAUCAGAUAAGCUUUUUGUCAUUGUGAAUUGUGACAUACAGAAAUGAAGGCUCCAGUGAAGUUCAUCGUUGUUCUCAGUUUGCUUUUGGUUGUCACCAUAGCUGGAGUUGAAAAGGUUGAUGGGGCAACAAGCCCUUGUGGGAAAUCCAGUCCAGACAGUGAGGCCAUGAAGCUUGCUCCUUGUGCUGAGGCAGCUCAAGAUGAAAAAGCUUCUGUUUCGAACAGUUGCUGCCUUCAGGUGAAACGCUUAGGCCAGAAUCCAAGCUGUCUCUGUGCUGUUAUGCUUUCUAACACUGCCAAAGUUGCCGGAAUUAAACCUGAGAUUGCCAUUACCAUUCCUAAGCGCUGCAACAUUGCCAACCGUCCCGUUGGUUACAAAUGCGGAUCUUACACUUUGCCAUGAUGAUGGGAUAUGAAGAUGACUUACGAAGACCAAGGGGGUAUUUCAAGGCUGUUAACUAGUAGACUACUAAAUAGGAACUACGACUUUGUACUUUUUAGUCAAUAUAAGCUAGCAGCUUUGUAAGCCUAUCCUUCUUGGAAAAUAAAAGUAUGCAUAUCCAAUGUUUGGAUAGUUAUGACCUUUAUA